UUCGAACUGGAACAAGAAAGCAGCGGAGAAGUAACGGGGCAGAAACCCUCCUUUUUACGUUACGAAACAAACUUCCAAACAUAAUAUGGAAACAUUUAAGAUUAACUUCAACCUCCGGGGGGGUCUUACUGUGGAGGACUGGAUUGAGGAGUGCCUAGAAAAAAAAGCACCUAAACGACAACAUGCAGAGCUACGUGAAGAGCAGGUAGACCAACUGGAAAAGUACCACAAUUCAAAAGCUAACUGCAAACUGGAACAAGAAAGCAGCGGAGAAGUAGUGGUUUCCAUAGCGACACACAGCCGUUACAUUGUUACAUUGUCUCUCGUUGGAAAAUCGUUAGCUACAAAAUGUCAGAUUUUAUAGUUAUCAUCUGGACAACAGAAAAAUGUGGAGCAACGCGCUUUUUGCCGGUCCGGGACACGCCAAGCGGCCACUGGAGGAAAGCUCUUCCGUGAACACCACAGCACCAACUGCAAAAAAGUCUGGCAUGGAGUUCAUGAGUUGUUUCAAAAAUUGCACGUUUAAUGGCAGCAUGAACAUCCACCUUCAUUCUGAAGCCAAAAUGUUAAAUAUGUAAAUAAAUAAAUAAAUAGCCUAAUUCAAGAAUUGUUGUCAAUAAAUUGUUUUCAAUAAAUUGGUUAAUAAUAUAUUAUUUACUAUAAUUAUAUCAAUAACUGUAAGCGGGGAAGCAGGAGUGUUCGAUUGAUCGGCUCUCGUUACCAAGGGAACUACUUUAUAGGAACUACUUUCUGACGGAGAUUAACUCAAGCAGAAAGUGAAGGUUUGGGAGCAAAUUAGCCCACAUUAUGAAAUUAUGUUACGAUAUUGUUGAUUACAAUGAUAGUUUGUGUUAUAGAAUCGCAAUCAUACACUUGAGGCCGUUCUUUAACGUCAUUAUUGGUACUCCAGUACAGGCGUACGUACUGCCGCAGUACUGUCGUACCAAUAAUGACGUUAAAGAACGGCCUCUCGUGUAUGAUUGCUUAAUUAUACACGGGCAUAUUGCCUGUAUUGUAAGGCUGAUUUUUACGCCAAACUUAGUGAUGUAAACAAACACAUGAAAACUCAAAAACAUACUCAAAAGGCAAAGCCUCAUAACAGUUCCACCCAAAGUAAGCUGCAAUUAAUAAGUACAAAAACGGAGUCUGCAAAAAUGGCUGAAGCCUCCACCAUGGCCUCAGAUGAUGCAAUCAAACAUUCACAAUGAACACGUGUGUAAAUGAACUGUCAAACUACGUCAUCACUAGUGGACGAGGCAUGUAUCUGUGACUAGCCCAUGGUGACUAGCCGAUACAGCAAGUUCACACUUAUUACAAACAACACAACUCCACAACAACCAUGGCCUCAGAUGAUGCAUUCAAAGUGUCUUCCCUGAGGGGGAAAGUGACCCUGAUCACCGGGGCCAGCUCGGGCAUCGGGGCCGGGACCAGCGUCCUGUUCGCCAGACUCGGAGCUCUGCUGGCUCUCAACGGCCGCGACGUGGACAACCUGAAGAAAAUCUCCAAACAGUGUACCGACUGUGGAGCUGCCGAGCCCUUGCUUGUCCCUGGAGACCUCACUGAUGAAGAGGUGGUGAAGAAGACGGUGGAGCAAACUAUCUCUCACUUUGGCCGGCUGGACGUCCUGGUGAACAGCGCUGGGAUCCUGGCCAUGGGCAGCAUCGAGACAACUGACCUGGCUCAGUAUGACAGGAUCAUGAACAUCAAUGUCAGAUCUGUAUACCACCUGACUCAGCUUUGUGUGCCCCACCUGAUCGAGACCAAAGGCUCCAUCGUCAACGUGUCCAGUGUCAAUGGGCAGAGAUCAUUCCCUGGUGUGCUGGCCUAUUGCAUGUCCAAGUCAGCCAUUGAUCAGUUCACGAGCUGUACAGCGCUUGAGCUGGCAUCAAAGCAAGUCAGAGUGAAUUCUGUGUGCCCCGGUGUGAUCAUCACUGAUGUCCACAAGAGAGCGGGACUGAAUGAGGAGCAGUAUGCCCAGUUUCUAGCGAAGUGUAAGCAGACCCAUGCCCUGGGCCGCCCGGGGGAGGUGGAGGAAGUGGCCCACGCCAUCGCCUUCCUGGCGUCCGAUGCUGCCAGCUUCAUCACUGGAGUCAACCUUCCUGUUGACGGGGGCCGCCAUGCCAUGUGCCCCCGAUAGGGUCAUGCAUGUUGAGAUACAGCAGUCUGAUAAUAUAUUGCUUUCAACCUACAAGUCUGCCUGUGCUUUGUACCAAGAAUCCCCGCAUUGCCACUAAAACUGAUGGAAAAACAAGGCAUUACUUCAAGGACACAAUGUUUCCCUCUGUUUGCAGAGGCGGCUGCUGUCUGGGUUUCACAGGUCCAGGUGUGAAAUGAAUAGAAGGAAGCUAAAAAGCACUGCCACAAGUAGGCAGUUUAAAUGCAUUUUAUUCCGUUCCUUUGCUAUGAAGCUUUCUUUGACAGAAACAAAUGGAAAGCUGCUUAUAAACAAAUGUUUCAGAAUUUUUAUUGAAUUACCUGUGGAGUCAUUAGACUUCAUAAACGCAGCAUAAAGUGUGUGUACAGAGCAAACACUGUGAGCCAUGGUAGUGUUGUGUAUUGUUGGAAAUCCUCUGAGCUUAUAGAUUGGUGGCAACAACCACCAUUGCUGCACCUCUGAGUGAGAAAUGCAUAAACACGUUUGUUAAUAUCC